AUGGACGACCGCUACUCUAAGUUGGAGGCGAAAAAGGAGGCCAUCCGCCAGCACCCGGACUUCGUCCUCGUCCGCAAGCGGUUCCCCCACGCCCAGGAAAGCGACAUCUUCCGAGCGUUCAUCGCCGGCAAGGGCAAGCUCCGCCAGAUCACCCAGAUCUUACACGACCAGUUCGCCAACGGGGCUGUCGGUGGCGGCAUGCCGAUGUACCAGCAGCCGCCGCCGCAACCGCAGCAGCAGCAGUUCUAUAACGGCCAGUUCUACCCGCCCCAGCCGCAGCAGCCUCAACAACCGUACCUGCCCCAAAUGCACCACCAGCCGGGGCAGCCGCCGAGCUUCCAGCCUCAGAUGAACCAGAUGAACCAGCAGUUUCCCUAUCAGCAGCCCCAGCCGCAGAUGGGGUUCCAAAACGGUAACACCAACAACUUUAUGCCCCCCUACGGUGGUCCUCAGCCGAUGGGGCAAAUGGGCGGGGCGCUGCCGCUGCCGCUGAUUGACCCGCUGAUCAAUCCUGAUUUGCUUGAAAGCGAUGCUAAACGGGCCAAAGUGAUGCCGAUGCUGAGUAUCCCUUCCACCAAAGUUGAAGUGAAGAAAAAACAGUCGAUUUUGGAUAAGUAUAAAGUGAGACCUCAGCGGCUUCAAGGGUUACAACAGAACCAGUUCCAGCAACAGUACCAGCAUAACCAGUUCCAGCAAGUACCCCAAUACGCCGCCCCGCCAGGACAGAUGCCGGGGUACCCUGGUCCUCCCCAACAGUUCAACCAGCACCAGCAACCGCCGUUCUACCCUCAGGGUUACAACCAGCAACCUCCAGUGCACACUAAGUUUGCGUUUAAGGUGAAUAACGGGGGCCACUACCCUCAGGGAAGACGUCCGGAUAUGCCGAUCGUGCUGAGACCUGACGGGUCUCAUUUGGACAUUUUGGAGGAACGUAUCCGCUCCAACCGCAGUGCUACCAAAAGACGAUAUUCCGAGGACUGGCUGGACGACCUGGACGACCUGGAAGGCGGUGGUGGCGGCGGUAAAGCCUCUUACUACGACGGGGUGACUCUGAUUGACUCUCAAGUGCUUGAAUACAUCAAUCUGGCGACAUUACAACAAUUGAUUGAAGUGGGUGGUGUCGAACCCGCUGUCGGUGAAUUGGUGAUGCAACAACGUCCAUUCAACACCAUCUACGAGAUCUCUGAAAAUGAGUUCACUUUACCCGAUGAAACCCCCAAACCUCCCUCGCGUAAAGGUAAGCGGAAGCCGUUGGGGUUGCGGUUGGUCGAGGCCACCGAACACUCGUUGCGCGGGUACCAAGCGGUUGAUUCGUUGGUGAAACAGUGUGCCGAGUACGGGGAACAGAUCUCGUCGCAGAUGAAAGAGUGGGGGGUCACCGUCACCGGUGAGGGUGAGUUGUCCACCAUUGAACUCGAUCCGGUUAAGGAACUGAGCAGUCAGACGGUGCCGUACAUCAAACACAAGCCCGAGCUUUUGCUGGAGGAAAUCACCUUGAACAAUUACCAACAGGUGGGGAUCAACUGGUUGAACCUUCUCUACCAAAACCACUUGCUGUGCAUUCUUGCCGACGAAAUGGGUUUGGGUAAGACCUGUCAGGUGAUCUCGUUCAUGGCCCAUUUGAAAGCCACCGAAAAGAAAAACGGGCCCCAUCUCGUCAUCGUGCCUGCUUCCACCAUUGAAAACUGGUUGCGUGAAUUCCAAAAGUUCUGUCCUCUGCUUGUGGUACAAGCCUACUACGGGCUGGUCAAGGAACGGGAAGAGUUGCGCGCUCUGCUUGAAGGCAUUGACUACGACGUCAUGGUCACCACUUACUCGCUUGCCGCCGGUGCUCCUGCCGAUUUCAAGUUCUUGAGACAACAAAACUUCAACAUUAUCGUCUACGAUGAAGGGCAUUUCCUCAAGAACUCGUUGACGGAACGGUAUAACAAGUUGAUGAGACUUAACGCCAAGUUCAGAUUGCUUCUCACCGGUACCCCGUUGCAAAACAAUUUGAAGGAAUUGGUGUCGCUUUUGCUGUUCAUGUUGCCCAAGUUGUUUAACGAAAAGAAAGAGGAUUUGCAGAACUUGUUCAACCAGAAAUUGGGCACUGCGUUCUCGUCUAAGCUGCAACUGGGGACGCCACUGCUGCAUAACCCGUUGAUGGCGACUCAGGCCAUCGCCAAAGCCAAGACGAUGAUGACACCGUUUGUGCUUCGGAGAAAGAAGGAACAAGUGUUGCAACACUUGCCCUCGAAGUGCCACGAAAUCAUCGACUGUCUGAUGACGGAAUCGCAACAAAAGAUUUACGAUGAAGAGAUUGAUCGGGCCAAGAAGACGCGGGCGGAACGUGAACGUCGGGCAACCAUCACCGAUAAGGCUGAGCUUGAGAAAUUCAAAAAGGACCCGUUGCCGUCGUCAACCAACGUGCUCAUGCAAUUGCGUAAAGCGACAUUGCACCCGAUGCUUUUCCGCAUUGAUUUCACCGACGAUAAAUUGAAGGAAAUGGCCAAGGCGAUCAUGGCGGAGCCGGAAUACGUCAAGGCUAAUGAAGACUACAUUUACGAGGAUAUGACGGUGAUGCUGGAUUACGAGCUCAACAACUUGUGCGAGAAAUUCCCUACGAUCAACCUGUUCAAAUUGCCCGAUUCGGCUUACCUUAACCUGGGUAAAGUCACCGAAUUGCUUAAGUUGUUGGACGACAUCAUCAACAAGCGUAAGGAAAAAGUGCUCGUGUUCUCGUUGUUCACACAAUUGUUGGACGUGUUGGAAAAAGUGUUGGCCAUUUACAAGUACAAGUUUGUCCGUCUUGACGGGGCUACACCGGUAGAGACUCGUCAAGAUAUCAUCGACUCGUUCUACGACGAAGAAGAUAUCCCCAUCUUUUUGCUUUCGACCAAAGCCGGUGGGUUUGGUAUCAAUUUGGUCGCCGCCAACAACGUGGUGAUCUUCGACCAGUCAUUUAACCCUCACGACGACAAACAGGCGGAAGACCGUGCCCACCGUGUGGGGCAAAAGAAGGAGGUGACGGUGUACAAGUUGAUCACCAAGGACACCAUCGAGCAGAACAUCUUGCACUUGGCGGAAAACAAGUUGCAGUUGGACGAGCAGAUCUCGCUGGACCUGGCGGUGGACCCGAAGUUGGAGGAGAAGCAGGCGACGAUGUGGGAGCAAAUGUUGUUCUCGACCCAGGGCGGCGUCGCCGUAUAA